ACAUUGACAGCUUUCGAUUGAUUGGGUAGUCUUGUCAACCAGUUUUCUUGCUUUGUAUUUUCUAUAUUAUUUCAAUAAAUUAAAUUAUGUGUGUAACAAAAACAGCCCAUUUAUAAAUUAAAUCAUAACGAAGCUUGAUCUCUCCUAUUUUUCAUUCGCUGAACAUAUACAAUGGACGGCACUUCUGCUAAGAAAUCAACAUCUUUUGAGACAUUGGUCAUUCAGAAUAUAACCAAUGUGAACGAACUGAAAGCAAAACUCAACGACAUAAUUAAAACCGGGAAAGAUUACGAAUAUGACGUAUCCUCCUGCAUUAAAUCUCUCAUAACGAGCAGUGACCAAGAAAUUGUGCAGUUAAGUAUAGAGGCAAUCGCAGAACUUGUUAAAUGUGAAGAAAAGCGCGAGACAUACGCUGUAAAAGACAUAAUAGGCCCUAUACUGGACAUAUUGAGGAAAGAAACUACCACGGAUAAUGUUGAGCUCGUCAAGCAGUGCUGCCGGGCUCUUGGCAACUUGUGUUGUGACUGCGACACGGCGAGACGUACCAUCAUCUCCCUCGAUGGUAUAACAACCCUCAUAAAACUCCUGGAAAAGAGCAUAGACAUGCAGUUACAGGAAAUACAAACUUUAUCGAGUAAAUCUCUGCUAAACUUUGGUAUAGGUGGUGCGGAGUUCACAGAGUCUAUAUACCAAGGAGGUGUGGUCGAUCUGGUGCAAAGAAUAUUGACUAUAGAGCUGAAGAAGCCAGAUUUUGAUGAUGAUACAGUGUCAACUUGUUUGUUGAUCUUGAGUGUUAUAAAUGAUAACACUCCGGAGUUGUUGUACAAUGAGGUGAUUAAUAAGACCGUACUGAGAGUGCUGAAGGAAACAUCUAAUGUGGAGAUAUCAGAACUCUGUCUUGAUCAUUUGCACGCUCAGGCUGAACAUGAAUCCGUAAAGACCCUAAUAGCCAAAGAGGAAGGGGUACAACUGGUGUGUUCUCGACUGGAGCAGCUGGUCGCCAGGCAUGAGGCCGGGGAACUCAAUGCUGAUGAUUCAGAAGUGGAAGCUAUCAUGAAGCAAGCCUGUGAGCUGGUCAUCAUUGUGUUGACUGGAGAUGAAGCAAUGCACAUUCUCUACAACAACGGAGUGGGUGAAGUAUAUCAAACAGUGGUGAAGUGGCUGAACUCCACUAACUAUCAGCUACUGACCACCGCUGUACUGGCUGUCGGUAACUUUGCUAGACAAGACGAUUACUGCACCCAUAUGAUGCAGGACAAGAUUUUUGAUAAGCUGUUGGAUAUAUUCGAAGUAUACAACAGCUUCAGCAUUCAAAUGCAGAAAGAUCCUGAAAAGAAGCACCCUAUAGACUCAGUCACAGUGAUCAAAGUACAACAUGCAGUGUUAUCGUCCCUACGUAACUUGUCUGUGCCGGUCGGUAACAAACGUGUGGCAGCCGCUCAGGGCAGGGCUGGACCGAUGCUGAUGAAUGCGCUGCCUAAUACUGAAGAUCAUCAUGUGGCUUAUAAGUUGUUGGCUACGAUUAGGUUGCUGGUGGAUGGGCAAGAGGGCGUGGCGAUGCAGCUAGCCAGUAACUCGGCGGCGCUGGCGGCCGUGGCGCGCUGGGGGCAGGCGGGCGAGCACGCGGGCGCGGCGGGCGAGGCGCCGCGCCUGCUCGCCUGGGCCGUGCGACAGCUACGACACCACACACACUGGAGGCAUAUCGUCGAGGUGGAUGGCUGCAUAUCAAGUCUAGUCAACAUGCUGGUCGCAUCUCACUCACUGAUGCAGAACGAAGCUAUUCUAGCUCUCACACUUCUCGCCAUAGAAUCACUCAAGAAACUCUCUCCUGAAAGCCAAACAGACUAUGACUACGAAAAGAACUUUGUCGCCCAGUUAAUAAAGUCGGAAAUCGGUAAGCACGUCACGAUCCUUAUUGAUACCAACUGCGCGAAAAUGCCCGUUGAGGUAGCCGAGAAUUUACUCGCGUUCUUAGACAUAACGUCUAAGAAUAAUAAACUCGCAUUUGAUUACAAAGAAGCUAAAGUUCACGAAUGGUUAAUGAAAUUCUCAGAUUCAAGGAAUGAUUUGACCGCCGACAUGAAGUCUUGUAUUUUUGGUGUUUUCUCAGCAAUAUCAAAUAAUGGGAAAGGGGAAUAAGCUUUUCCAUUACAUUGCAAUCAAGUUGUCUGAAGAGAAACACCAACCGUCUUACCACAAAAACUUUUAAACGUCAGUUUAUGCCUUGUCUAAAAAAAUUUCAAAUUAUGACGUUGACAUAUGGUUCAUUUUGUAGCCAAAAUUUUAUUAGACAAGUGUAAAACAGGGUUUAAAGUUUUUGUAGUAAGGCCACAAAUGUUUUAGGCUUGAUUAUCGAACUGGCCAAUUUUGUUGAGCAUGGUUGAGUGUGACUUUAUUAUUAAGUACCAAUGGUUUUGUUCUAAUUGUUAAUAACACCUGGUUUUGAACAAAAGAGGGGAUAGAUUUAACUCAAGCAGACCAACUUAUUAUUGUUACAUAAGAACCACAGCUGAUUAUACAAAUGAAGUUUUCCUAUUACCUUAUCGCAAAUUAAAAUUUCUUGAACCAUAAACCAGGUACAACAUAAUUAUGAACUUGGAGGAAAAUCCGCCAUUAUGUCAUCGUGAGUACUCCAAUCAUUGUUUUAUCUGUGGUUGCGAAAUACGAGUACUUAUUUGGCUUCUGUCUAGCCAAAAAAUAUUUGUAGUAAAUAUUAAUUUUCGAGCAAUUAUUUAAUCAAUUCUUAGUCUAUUUGCAUGUGUGAUAAUCAUGAUAGAAACUAUUACAUUUAUUUUAAGAUCAAGUGGUUAUUGUCGCUAGUUUAAUUUUAAAUAGUAUUCUACAACUUUUAUAGAUGUAUGCCCGGUUACCAAGAAUAACGACUGUUUAUUUUACCUGUGGGUAUUAAAAACUGAUCCUGGAUUUUUGAGUUAUUAUAACCGGGUAUCAGAGAAUAUCGAGAUAUUAAUAAAAAAACAAAUCCUCCUACAUUUUUGUAAGCUUUUUGACUUCUCUCUCUAGUCAUAGUUUUAAAUAUUUCUCUACUUCGGUAAAAGCUAGAAUUUUGUGCAUUUAAACUUUACUGUGUGAUGUUUAUGCGUAUUUUCGUAUAUAAGACAUUUAUUUUUGCGAUUCUCUCGAAUUUUUACAUUCCAACAUUUUAAACUUUGCCUUUUUAUACUGUCAGUGUAUCUAAUCUAUGAUAGCUUGCUUGUCUAUUGAAUCAGAAAUUAAUUACAAAUCUUACAUCAGAAGACCAGAAAUAUCAUUAUUUACAUUUACAUUUCUUCUCCUAAUUAAAAACCAAUUUCUUUCCAACUCACGAUUCUAUCUUUAUUACCUACCAUAGAUUGUGUGAACUCCUAAUUUGUCAUUAAUUUCUGAUCAAGUAAAAAAAAAUAACGGUUGUAUUUUAAAACGUAAUCACAUACAAAAUAAUAGCAAUACUGAUGAAUACUCAAAGUACAAUGUAGAUUCACAUAGUGAAUUAUAUACUGUAAUAUUAAAUAAUUCAAUUUUUUAAUAUUUAGUACGCAAAGCUUAUUUAUCGUCAUAGUUACGAACUUAGUGAGGGCACGCCUCUGAACGCAAACCAGAAAGAAUUACACUGUUAACAAAAUAAAAUAUUCAAAAUUAUUUUUGUACUCUUGUGAAAGCUAUUGUGAAAGCUUUGUUAUUCAAGAUUGUGAAAGCUAUAUGAACGCACAUAUUUCUCGUUCAAAUGGUUGGUCGGAAAAUACGUAAUCUUCCAAUGUUGUUACAGGAUUUAAAAAAUAGAAGUUUAAACAUAACGGUGAAUGAAAACAAAUGUUGCCAUGUUUUUAUUUUCUAUGCAAAAAUAGAAAUAUGUUAGGUAGAGGCGUGUUUCUAAUCCUAUUCACUUUAAUCGUAAGAAUUUUGAUAAUCCGAUAGUGCACUUAUUGAAUAGUUUGGAUUGGCGCUUGACUCGUAAAGUGUACAAUUAGAUACCCUAGUAUUGUUAGACUACGCUAAAUAUGUGUGUUCACUAAUGUAUUAGUUUUAUUUUGUCUUUUCGUCAAUUCUAUUAUACAUAUUGAUUAUUAUAAUUGUGUAUUUGUAGCUGGCUGUCAAUGUGGGAUGAUAUCACAUUUCAAUAGAACCUUGUCACUUUUUUUUAUCUGAGAACAGUAUUUGUGGGUCUAAUAAAGUGAGUUUGACAAGGUUAUUGCAAUAAGCCCAGCUUUAUAUCUACAGGAAUGUACUGAAAAUAUUUUCAAAUCAAUAACCAAGCUCAUUUUACAAGCAUUAUUUUACCAUAGUAGCAUUUAUACAUUAAAUGGCAACACAGUUGUAAAGCAAAGUUUUCGUUAAUAAAACUCUUUCGAUACAUACUCCUUUAUUAGGGGUAUUCUAUUCUGCUCAGCCAUAAGGCCUAACAAUUAUUAUCAUCAAUCCCCACCCACCUUACUGUGAAAAAAUAGGUUGUUACAAAGAUUUAAUGAAACCAACCACCUAAAUGUUAAUUUUAAGUAUAAAAGUGCUAUUUUCAAUUUUUUUCCAAAGUUUCAUGCCAUGUAGUUCGACCAGAAAAGAGUUCUGAAGCCAGCUUCAAGCAUUUAUUAAUUAUCAACAUAUUUUGUAUUAUUCAAGUUAUACAUCCAUUUCUAUAGUUUUACACUAGUUUUCACCUUUUCCAACAUUUUUCUGGUCGAUUUAAAAUAUUAGCAUAUUGAGCUUUAUAGUUUAUUAGUGUUAAAUAUUAAUCUUGUUAAUGCACUUUUAUUGAUAUAGUUUUAUGGACCAAUAUUUAUAAAUUAUUAUUAUCAAUAUAUUGUCAUCAAGAUUGGAACCCAUUUUUGUAUUAUUUUACAUAUUCAUUGAAUACACCUAACAUAACCAACUGAUCUGUUUCUUGCAUCAUUAUAUAUAAAGAUGGGCAAAAGUGUAUAAAAAUGUGCAAAAAGGAAUGACUGAGCAUACUAAAGUCCAUACAUUAUUGCCAUUAUAAAUAUGGUAAGCUCAGAUUUGCACUACUUGGUCAUCAUGGUAAAAAAAGUAUAAAUUUAGGCCUCUAAAAUAAACAAUAAAACUCAAAGCGAGUGUGACUAAUCUUGAUGAUAAAAUGUAUUGAAUAAAAAAAGCAUUGUUAUAGAUAUUAAUAGAUUUUCGCUAAAAUACAUUAUAUUCUACAUGUA